UGUCUAAUUUGGUUGCCAGACCAUUUCACUGAAUGUUUCUCUCAAGAAAAUGCAACUACAAAAACCCCCUCAAUCCCCUCCACAUUCUCCCUCCCUCACAAUCCCAAAAUCAUUUCCAAGUUUUCCUUUUUUUCUCAUUCAGGCAUUUUCACAAACACGUAAAGGACAACUUCAGCUUGCAUUAGCAUUCAUCAAUGGCGAGACCACAACAACGAUACAGAGGUGUUCGCCAAAGACACUGGGGUUCUUGGGUAUCUGAAAUCCGUCAUCCAUUACUGAAAACAAGAAUUUGGUUAGGGACAUUUGAGACAGCAGAAGAUGCAGCAAGAGCAUAUGAUGAAGCAGCAAGACUAAUGUGUGGUCCAAGAGCAAGAACUAAUUUCCCUUACAACCCAAACAUGCCGCAAACAUCUUCCUCAAAACUUCUUUCAGCAACUUUAACAGCCAAAUUACAUAAAUGUUACAUGGCUUCACUUCAAAUGGCAAAAAACUCAGCACAAGAACAACAACCUCGAAAAAUUCAAACUUCAUAUGCUCAGACAGCAGUAGCCAAUGUUGGAAAUCAUGUUGCCUAUGAAACAAAACCACAAAUGUUGAUGUCAAAGCCAACAUUUUUAGCACAGCAACAAGAAACAGCAGCAGGGUUUAAUUGGGGAGAGAUGAAAGUUGAAGCUGUAGAGCACACACCACAAUUUAUUAGUACACUUGAAGAUGACCACAUUGAACAAAUGAUUGAAGAAUUACUUGAUUAUGGUUCCAUUGAACUUUGCUCAGUAGUGUCUUCUCAUCAGUAAUUGUCUUACCAUUAUGCUAAUUUUAACUCCCCAAUCUCGAAUCUGUUUUUCGAAGGGGAGCGUCGGAGCAACCGUAAUGUUAUCUAUGUGUGACCUAUAGAUCAUUGGUUCGAGCCGUGGAAGCAACCACUAAUACUUGCAUUAAGGUAGGUUGUCUACAUCAUACCCUUGGGUUCGAGUCGUAAAAGCAACCACUAAUGCUUGUAUUAGAGUAGACUGUCUAUGUCACGCCCUUGACGUGCGGCCCUUUCUAGGAUCCUGCGUGAACACUGACGAGAUGCUUUCUGCACUAUGCUGCCAAUUCUCUGAGUUGUUUCUUUCUUUAAAAACCUUAGUAUGUACCAUUAGUAGAAAUUAGGACUUGUUAUUAUUUUUUCUAUCUUAUUGGUUCCUAGAAUUCUUGUUCUAAGAGAACUAUCUAUUAGUUAGAAGAUGAUGUAUGUACAGUGUAGUAUGUUUACUGCUACCAUUUGUUGUCAGAAUAAUUACUUUUAUUAAUAUACCAUAUUUUAUUAUUUAUUAA